AUGGCGAGUAAGGCCGAUCCUUCAUUAUUCGUCUAUGCUUCUUCUCGGGGCCGUGUGUAUCUCCUGCUGUAUGUUGAUGAUAUCCUUGUCACCGGUGAUACUCCUGAGUUAUUACGGUCUUUGAUUACUCGACUCUCACAGGAAUUUGCUAUGAAGGAUCUUGGACCACUUCACUAUUUCCUAGGCAUUGAGGCUCAUCACCGCUCUGACGGUACGCUUUUAUCUCAAGCCAAGUAUGUUGAUAGUCUUUUGCGCAAGUUUGACCUUGUUAAGGUCAAGCCUGUAUCUACUCCUCUAGCCUCGAAGACUCUAUUGUCUGCUAAUGAUGGUGAGGUUCUCGCUUCUCCGACGUUGUAUCGACAAAUGGUUGGUGCUCUACAGUAUGUAUCUAUGAUCAGACCAGAUAUUAGUUUUGCUGUUAAUUUGGUUAGUCAAUUCAUGCAUCAACCACGAUUACCUCAUCUCCAGGCCGUCAAACGUAUAUACCGAUAUUUAGCUGGCACCUCCACCCAUGGCUUGCUCAUUGAGCGGGGUUCUCCCACUUCCUUGACUGCUUAUGCGGAUGCAGAUUGGGCUGGAUGCUCCGAUACUAGACGGUCCACCUCCGGGUUUUGUGUUUUUCUAGGCACCAAUCUUGUUUCAUGGAGUGCCAAGAAGCAACCCACUGUGGCCCGUUCUAGUACGUGA